AUGGACUCGACUCCAUCAUGGCAAUGGCCAGAAGCUGCUAGUACCGCCAAUUUUCGACCAGAAAGUGAUACGGCCACUGCAGAGCCUGAGCAUGCGGAGACAAAUGGGCAGCCUGCGCCGGAACCCAAGACAUAUCCCAAUCGGACGUGCAGGAUAUGCCUCGAGAGCGUACCACCCACCACGCAUCUGCCGUCAGAUAGCUUCCCAAGCUUCCUACAAUCAAAAAUCCGAGUGACAUACGAGUCCUCGGACCCCGAGCUGGGACGUCUCCUUCGGCCCUGCAAGUGCAAAGGCUCGUCAAGAUACGUACAUGAGGGGUGUCUGAGGCUUUGGAGGAAUGCUGACCCCGCAUACGGGAGACGCAACUACUGGCAGUGUCCGACCUGCGGGUUUGAAUAUAGGCUGGAACGAAUGACAUGGGCAAAGUGGAUCAACAGCCGAGUUGCCCAGUUGACGCUCACUGCAGGAAUCCUGCUUUUCACCAUAUUUUUGCUUGGGUUCGUGGCGGACCCAAUUAUCAAUUUGUACCUAGAUCCUCUUGAUACCAUUACCGGUGACUUAUGGGACGAUGGUACGGAGAGGUUGCCGUUAGAGGAUACGAGUUCGACCUGGUUUGAACAUCUUAUGAAGGGACUUGCAUCGCUUGGGGUGCUCUCCUUUUUGAAAGUGGUGCUCGCUGCAUCGCCGUGGCAGUGGUGGAAUCUGCGCAACUCCGGACUCCUCGGCGGGUCAGGUCGGAGAUCAGCUAACACAGGGAGGAGCAGGGCUGCAUCGGUGAGCUGGAUAGUGCUUGCUAUUGGUGUAGCUACAUUUCUAUGGGGUGUCUAUAAAGGUGUCCGUGCUUGGAGUUGCCGAAUACUUGAAACGGCUGGACAGCGAGUCAUGGAUGUACCUCUGGAUGACGAUGAUGACGAGGACGAGGGCCAGGAUGAAAGCGAAAUACCAACGUCCUCGGCGCGUCAGCCGCAAUCUAGAAAGAACGAUUAA